AUGGCAGUGGCCGCAGCCCUGGCUGGCCUCCAGGCAGAAGCCAAGUGUCCCAUCUGUCUGGACAGCCUGCAUGACCCUGUCACCAUCCAAUGUGGGCACAACUUCUGCCGCCGUUGCAUCCAGCGGUCCUGGGCUGAGCUGGAGGACACGUUCCCUUGUCCCAUGUGCCGCCAUCCAUGCCUGGAGCCGCAUGUGAGGAGCAACACCCAGCUGGGCAGGAUGAUCGAGGUGGCCAGGCUGCUCCACAGCAGCAGGAGCAGCAGCAAGAUGAGCCAGCAGCCUCACCUGUGUGAGUGGCACAACCAGGUCCUGAGCCUCUUCUGUGAGAAUGACCUGGAGGUGCUGUGUCCCUUGUGUGCACAGACCCCUAGUCACCAGGGUCAUGUAAUGAGGUCUGUGGCUGAGGCUGCUGCUGACCACCUGCAGAAGGUGAGCAGUUACGUGGAGCCUUUGAAGAGGCAGGUGGCUGAAACUCAGGGCCUUCUGGCCAUGCAGGAUAUAAAGCUACUGGAGCUUCAGGAGCAGGUGCAGCAUCGACAGCUGGAGCUGGCCUCAGAGGUCAGGCAGAUGAGCCGGGCUGUGGACCAUGAGCAGGAGUUGGUCCUGGCCAGGCUGGUCCAGGAGGAACACAACAUCCAUGAGCAGCUGGUCACCAACAUUGCUGCCUUCUCAGGUCACAUCUGGGAGCUGUGGGGCCUCCUGCAGGAGAUGAGAGAGCAGAGCUGCAGUUUCUCUCCGCAGUACUCGGUUCUGCAGAAAAUCGCUCAGAAGUUUACAGAGGAUGUUAUCCUGGACCCUGAGACCGCACAUCCCAACCUGCUAGUGUCAGAAGAUAGAAAGUCUGCAACGUUCAUGAGGAUGAGGCAGAUGGUUCUAAAAGCUGGGAGAUUCAGGUUGGAGCCUGCGGUGCUGGGCUCUGUGGGCUUUGGGCAUGGCAGGCGUUACUGGGAAGUGAGAGUGGAUGGAGCCACUUGGGCCGUGGGCGUCUGCAUGGACACCGCCCCCAGGGCACGUUCCAGGCACAUGGAGGGACAGAGCUGCUACUGGACAGUGGGACAGCGCAGGGGGGAUUACCAGGCUUGGGGGCCCGCAGGCAUCCUCCCCCUGGAGCUUAAGGAGGAUCCCUGCGGGAUUGGCGUGUAUCUGGACUACGAGUUGGGAGUGAUUUCUUUCUACAAUUUGAAGGACAGAUCCCACAUCCACUCUUUCACUGAUAGCUUUUCUGGGGUCCUCAAGCCCUACUUCUGUGUGGGAUGUGAUUCUCGACCUCGUACACUUAGCUCAGUAAUAGAACACGAAGGUGCGUCAGUGACUUUGCCUCCUUUCCUUCCUGAAGUUUAUGGACAGUAG